AUGAUGACAGUGCUCCACCGUGUUGACGCGACGACCGCAACCGCCAGCAAGAAACGCCGUCGCAGCGUCGAGCCCGUGACCCCGAGCAAGCUCCUGGCCAUGCCGUCGCUGCACCUGUCGUCGAGUCCCGUGCGCAGCGCAUUGCAGACGCCGCAAGUCGCACCAGCGACGUCGUCGUCCGUGUCGUCUACUGCCAACAAGAAGAGCGACGAGCUCUUGCGCCGCAGCCUCAUGGGCCUCUCGCUGCAGCUCAAGCUCAAGAUGAUCCUCGUCGAGGCGUGGGCCUCGGACAUGAACAGCGUCGUGAUGGAGCGCAACUUGUUUGCCAUUGCCAAAGAGCUGGCGAUCUUGAGCGACAUGGGCGUCUACGAGCCCCACACGUGCGUGCGGUUCCUCGAGCUCGCGCGCAACCGCAUGGCGCAGCUAUUGGCGCAGACCGAGCGCAACGAGACGCUGCACAUGGAGGCCGAGCAGAUGUGGACCAUGGCACUCAUUCAGGCGCAAGAGGCCGUGACGUCGCCGCCCAGCAGUCCCUCGGCCAUCAGUGAAUUCCCGCUCCUGAGCGGCUUUGACGCCAGCAGUCGGGACAUCUCCGUGCUCUGGCGCGCCAUGUCCGUGGCCCGGGACCGCGGCGCUCAGCUCUGGCACGAGAACAAACCGGAACAGGCGCUGCCGUUCCUGCUCGCGGCGGACUCGUACAUGAAGCGCUUUACGCUCAAGUACCAGCGCUUGAAAGUCGACCACGCAAUGGUCGACACGCUGCAGAAGCCAACAGUGGAACACAAGAGCUCUUCGGCCGUGCGCGUGUCGUUCGCUGACGUGCCGCAGGUCAUGGGCGUCGCCGACGCAGAGGUCGAUCGGACACCCAUUUGUCCGACGAAGCCGUCUAAGCUCGAGUCGCUGCUGCUGCGCACGUCGCGCGAGUUCCCGACCCCGCCAUUCUAG